GGGAGUCUACUUGCCACUGUAAAAAACCUCUAUUAUCUCCCUUCCUGCCUUUAUUUCCUCUCCUCUAUCGAGAACAGUAACCUCUUUCUCAAGAAGAAGAUGGAGAAGAUGGGUGGUCGGAUCUCUGCAACUCUCAUCUUGGCUUUCCUCUUCAUCUCCUCCGCACACUGUUUCUACUUGCCUGGUGUGGCUCCUCGUGACUUUCAAAAGGAUACCAUCCUUUCUGUCAAAGUGAACAAAUUAUCAUCUACAAAGACACAACUUCCAUAUGACUACUACUACUUGAACUACUGUAAGCCUAAGAAGAUUGAGAACAACGCAGAAAAUUUGGGGGAAGUUCUUCGAGGAGACCGCAUUGAGAAUUCAGUAUAUACUUUUAAAAUGAUGAAUGAGAAGUUAUGCAAAGUGGCCUGUCGUCAAAAGAAACUUGAUGCUGAAUCUGCAAAGAAUUUCAAGGAAAAAAUUGACGAUGAAUAUCGUGUUAACAUGAUUUUAGAUAAUCUUCCAGUUGCUGUUCUUAGACAAAGGAGGGAUGGGAUUCAAUCAACAACUUACGAGCAUGGUUUCCGUGUUGGGUUCAAAGGAAAUUAUGCUGGGAGCAAAGAGGAGAAGUAUUUUAUCAACAACCACUUGAGCUUUAGAGUUAUGUACCACAAGGAUCCUGAGACGGAAUCUUCUCGCAUUGUUGGGUUUGAGGUUACUCCAAACAGUGUGAAUCAUGAAUACAAGGAGUGGGAUGAUAAUGAUCCUCAAUUGACAACUUGCAACAAGGACACCAAAAUGUUAAUUCAAGGCAGCACUGUUCCACAAGAAGUGGAUGUAGGAAAGGAAAUUGUGUUCACAUAUGAUGUUACCUUCAAGGAAAGUGACAUUAAAUGGGCAUCUCGUUGGGAUACGUAUCUCCUCAUGAAUGAUGAUCAGAUUCACUGGUUUUCCAUCAUUAACUCACUGAUGAUUGUCCUCUUCCUUUCCGGUAUGGUGGCCAUGAUAAUGAUGAGAACUCUGUAUAGAGAUAUUGCAAACUACAAUCAGUUGGAAACUCAAGAUGAGGCACAAGAGGAAACUGGGUGGAAACUUGUCCAUGGAGAUGUAUUCAGGGCACCAAUCAACUCUGGUUUACUUUGUGUGUAUGCAGGUACAGGUGUACAGAUCUUUGGAAUGACACUUGUGACAAUGAUAUUUGCUUUGCUGGGUUUCCUAUCUCCUUCCAACAGAGGUGGUCUUAUGACUGCCAUGGUUCUCUUGUGGGUCUUUAUGGGCUUAUUUGCUGGUUACUCAUCAGCACGUUUGCACAAAAUGUUCAAAGGCACGGAUUGGAAGAGAAAUACUCUUAAAACUGCGUUUAUGUUUCCGGGUAUUCUUUUCGCAAUCUUCUUUGUUCUGAAUGCCCUCAUUUGGGGGGAGAAAUCUUCAGGGGCAGUGCCUUUCGGGACAAUGUUUGCUCUUGUUUGCUUAUGGUUUGGUAUAUCUGUUCCAUUGGUCUUUGUUGGUAGUUAUUUAGGUUUCAAAAAGCCAGCUAUUGAAGAUCCUGUGAAAACAAACAAAAUUCCCAGGCAAGUCCCUGAGCAGGCAUGGUACAUGAAACCAGUUUUCUCUAUACUUAUUGGAGGCAUUCUUCCAUUCGGUGCUGUUUUCAUCGAGCUCUUCUUCAUUUUGACUUCGAUAUGGCUCAAUCAGUUCUAUUACAUCUUUGGCUUCCUCUUCAUAGUAUUUGUUAUCCUUCUGAUAACCUGUGCAGAAAUAACAGUUGUGCUUUGUUACUUCCAGUUAUGUAGUGAAGACUACCACUGGUGGUGGAGGUCUUAUCUGACUGCUGGCUCCUCUGCUCUGUACCUCUUCCUGUACUCAAUUUUCUACUUCUUCACCAAGUUGGAGAUUACAAAGUUUGUUUCUGGUGUCCUCUACUUCGGGUACAUGAUAAUUAUCUCGUAUGCUUUCUUUGUUUUGACGGGAACAAUUGGUUUCUAUGCUUGCUUCUGGUUUGUCCAGAAGAUCUACGCCUCAGUCAAAAUUGACUGAUCUGCAGAAGAGUAAAAUGAAGACUGAAAAUUCCCUAGGUUCUUUUGCAAGAUGCACGGAUUUGCCGCUAGUGAAUUUUUUUUGUUCCUUGUCAAAGCUUUAUUGUGCUGAUGGUAGAUAGAGUAGCGUUUGAGAUGUUUUACUUUGUUUACACUGGUGUCUGAUGUUUUAUGAAGUGAUCUUGGAAGUCUUGAAUCUUGAUAUGUCCAUCGUAUCCAACGUGACCAACCAAAUCAUAUAAAUCUUAGCUCUUCAAUGCUUUAGUUGCCUA